AUGUCAGGGCAGGAGCUGAUAAAUACAACGGGAAACAAAACGGAUAACACCAUAGUUUGCUAUGCACCGACGAUGAUAACAACAAAUGGGAUAUGGCAGGGUGACAAUCCUUUAGAUUAUUCUCUCCCUCUCUUCAUCCUGCAAUUAACUUUGGUUGUUGUUACCACUCAUGUUCUUGUUUUUUUAUUGAAACCCUUUCGACAGCCUCGGGUCAUCUCUGAGAUCAUUGGUGGAGUAAUAUUAGGCCCAUCAAUAUUAGGGCAAAGCAAGGGCUUUGCCAACACAGUAUUCCCUCUAAGAAGUGUGAUGGUGCUUGAGACAAUGGCAAACGUGGGCCUCCUCUACUUCCUCUUCCUCGUCGGCGUCGAAAUGGACCUCUCCGUCGUCCGUCGCACCGGCAAAAAGGCCAUGGCCAUAGCCAUUGCCGGCAUGGUCUUGCCAUUCAUCAUCGGAAUUUCCUUCUCCUUCAUUCUGCACCAAAGAACGCAGGUCAUGAAACAAGGCACCUUCAUCCUCUUCCUCGGCGUGGCCCUCUCCGUCACCGCCUUCCCGGUCCUCGCCCGGAUCCUCGCCGAGCUCAAGCUCCUCAACACCGAGAUAGGCCGGAUUGCCAUGUCGUCCGCCCUCGUCAACGACAUGUGUGCAUGGGUUCUUUUAGCCUUUGCCAUAGCCUUGGCCGAGAACCAGUUCACUACCUUGGCUUCUCUCUGGGUGAUCCUUUCGAGCGGGGCUUUCGUCGUAUUCUGCAUCUUCGUUGUCCGGCCGAUGAUCUCAUGGAUGAUCCGGCGAACCCCGGAAGGCGAAACGGUCAGUGAAUUCUAUAUAUGUCUGAUUCUGACGGGGGUUAUGAUAGCUGGUUUUAUUACUGAUGCCAUUGGAACACAUUCUGUGUUUGGAGCAUUUGUGUUUGGGCUAAUAAUCCCAAAUGGACCACUUGGUGUGACUCUUAUAGAGAAGCUUGAAGACUUUGUUUCAGGGCUUUUGUUGCCUUUGUUCUUUGCAAUGAGUGGGCUUAAGACUGAUAUUACUACAAUAAAUGGUGCUUCUACUUGGGCAAUUCUAGGUGUUGUCAUUAUUCUUUCUUGUGCAGGCAAAGUUGCUGGGACUCUUCUUGUUGCUCUCUACUACCAAAUGCCUUUUCAUGAAGGGGUUACACUUGGUUUGCUAAUGAACACCAAAGGCCUUGUGGAAAUGAUUGUGCUCAAUGUGGGCAAGGACCAAAAGGUCUUAGAUGAUCAAUCAUUUGCAAUCAUGGUGAUUGUAGCCGUGGUCAUGACCGGAAUCAUCACUCCCAUUGUAACCAUAAUCUACAGACCAGCCAGAAGAUUCGUCCCAUACAAACGCAGAACAAUUCAAAGAUCCAAACCAGACAGUGAGCUUCGAGUCCUAGUCUGUGUCCACACCCCUCGAAACGUCCCCACCAUCAUCAACCUCAUCGAAGCCUCCCACCCCACCAAGAAAUCCCCAAUCUGCAUCUACGUCCUCCACCUCGUCGAGCUCACCGGCCGCGCUUCUGCCAUGCUCAUUGUCCACAACACCCGCAAAUCCGGCCGCCCCGCCCUCAACCGGACCCAAGCCCAGUCCGACCACAUCAUAAAUGCCUUCGAGAACUUCGAGCAGCACGUCGGAUGCGUCUCUAUUCAGCCACUCACCGCCAUUUCCCCAUACUCCACCAUGCACGAGGACAUUUGCAGUGUGGCUGAGGACAAGCGCGUGGCUCUCAUAAUCAUCCCAUUUCACAAACAACAAACAGUUGAUGGUGGAAUGGAGGCUACAAACCCUGCAUUUAGGACUAUCAACCAAAACGUGCUAGCUAACGCGCCAUGCUCGGUGGGCAUAUUGGUGGACCGGGGACUGAACGGCUCAACACGCCUGGCGGCGAACCAGGUGUCCCACCAUGUAGCAGUGUUGUUUUUCGGGGGACAGGACUGUAGGGAGGCGUUAUCGUAUGCAUGGAGAAUGUGUGAGCAUCCCGGAAUUAGUCUCACUGUAAUGAGGUUCAUUCCCGGAGAAGAGGCCAUGGAACCAACCAUGCAGGCUAGUGAUAAUAGCACUCUCAACCCUAGGGUUUUAACAGUGCUGACGGACAGUGACAGAGAGAAGCAGAUAGAUGAGGACUUCAUAAAUGAUUUUAGGGUUAGGAUUGCAAGUGAUGAAUGCAUUGAUUUUGUUGAAAAAGUGGUGAACAAUGGGGAGGAGACAGUUGCUGCAAUAAGGUCUAUAGACAACAUACAUGAUUUAUUCAUCGUUGGUAGAGGCCAAGGGGUAAUAUCGCCGUUGACGGCGGGGUUGACAGACUGGAGCGAGUGCCCGGAGCUCGGGGCUAUCGGAGAUUUAUUAGCCUCUUCGGAUUUUGCAGCCACGUUUUCGGUGUUGGUGGUGCAACAGUACAUGGGGAUCGGACAAGGGGACGGACUUGGGACUCCGGACAGUCUUUCGAGUGAAAAUAAUGAUCAAUUUGGCAACUUCAGAGAGAAUCGGCGGUCACCGGUGCCACAGGCAAGGGGGGCGGAGAUGUUCCAUUCACAUGCUUGAAGAUGAGGAGAUGUUGUUUAGGGUUUCAAUUUUUCAGGAGGUAAUGGUGAUGAUAAUUAUAGCUUUGUUGUUUGUAAAUUCAUGGU